AUGGACCCAACCCAUAGCUUCAACGUGAAGAACAUGCUUGAUACACAUUUGAAGGCCUUUCAGCACCUUGUUGGAGCUUUUGUUGCUUUGCAAACGCCAAUGGAACACUGGCCUCCAUUAGCCCAGGAUCUUGAUAACCAGUAUGUGGCAGUAGGAAAUGAGCCAUUUCUCACGAGCUAUGAGGGCCAAUAUGUGAACUAUGUGGUCCCUACCCUUCUCAACCUCCAGCAGUCCUUGGCCAAGGCUAACCUCGCUGGUUCUGUUAAGCUGGUGGUCCCGUGCAAUGCCGAUGCUUAUGAGGCGAACCUUCCCUCCCAAGGAGCCUUCCGCCCUGAGCUCACUGAUAUCAUGACCCAGCUCGUCUCAUUCCUCAACACAAACGGCUCCCCGUUUGUUGUGAAUAUAUACCCAUUCCUCAGCCUCUAUGGGAGCUCCGAUUUUCCUCAAGAUUAUGCUUCCUUCGAGGGCACAACUCACCCUGUCACGGACGGGAAUAAUGUUUACACGAAUGCGUUUGAUGGGAACUUUGAUACGCUUGUCGCGGCUCUCACCAAGAUUGGGUAUAGUCAGAUGCCAAUCGUGAUAGGUGAGGUGGGGUGGCCCACUGAUGGGGCUUUCAAUGCAAAUCUGUCAGCAGCUCGGGCAUUCAACCAAGGCCUUAUCAACCACGUCCUCAGUAACCGAGGAACUCCUCUGAGACCAGGAGUCCCUCCUAUGGAUGUCUAUCUGUUUAGUCUCCUGGAUGAAGGGGCAAAGAGUGUCCUUCCCGGUAAUUUUGAGAGGCACUGGGGGAUUUUCUCCUUCGAUGGUCAGGCGAAAUAUGCCCUAAACCUCGGGUGGGGAAGUAAGCUGUUAAAGAACGCGAGGAAUGUCCAGUACUUGCCGUCUAGGUGGUGCGUUGCAGACCCAACUAAGGACCUAUCAAACGUGGCGAACCACUUUAGACUUGCUUGUAGUGAAGCUGACUGCACGACUCUUAACUAUGGUGGUUGGUGCAAUGGGAUCGGAGCAAAGGGGAAUAUAUCAUACGCGUUCAACAGUAUCUAUCAGCUUCGGAUGCAGAACUCUCAGAGCUGUGAUUUUGACGGGAUUCGGCUGGUCACUUUCCUCAAUCCUUCUGUCGGGGAGUGUAGGUUUCUCGUUGGGGUGACCGAUAUGAGUUUUGCAAAAUUUAGAGCUUGUAGUAACAGAUUGAUUUAUUUAGUUUUGAUCUUGUGGGGGUUGCGGUUUCUUGGAGUUUAUUGAACGGGCCUUUCAUGCUGCUCUCUUAUAGUCAAAGAUGAAAGAAUAUUACAGCUAGAGUUAGACAUAAUUAUUGUAGGGAGUGAUUGUAUCAUUUUAGCUAGAGUUAGACAUAAUAUCAAGCUUUUUGAUCAAGAGAGGGAAUAGUACAGUGAUACACCUCUCGUCUGGUGAUCAAGAGGUCUCAUGUUCGAUACCCAGUGGGACUAUCCUUGC